GAUAGGUGUAAAGAGAGGUUGCUUUUAUAAUAUAAUAUUAUUGAAUUUUGUUGUCAGAAGUUGUCAGUGUAGAGAUGCAUUUACAGACCAAAUUAGAAUUUCUGAAAACAGACAGAAAAAAACAGACAUAACAAAACAAAAUUUAAAAAAUAAUCCAAAGGCAGAUCACUUGAUGGGAAGUCAAAAGCAUAUAAAACAGGAAUAAGUAAAGAUAUGCAGAUAUAUUGAUUGAUUCAAUUGCAUGCAAUCUAUUUACAGUGUAUCAAAUACCCUUCUCUUUACAAUGUAACAUAUUUAUGCAUUUUGAAAAGCGUUCAGUAGAAUAACGUUUAUUUUGUAUUGUUUCCAUUUCCGGUUGUUGUUUGCCUACUUCCUGUUUUGUCACUGCGCACCUGUUCUGCGCAGCUAUCCAGAAGGGCGCCAGAUAGAAAUCUGUUACCGCGGAUAUCCAGGUCCGUCCCGCUCCUCCGCUCCUCCGGGCCUCUUGGUUUACGGAUCAAGGUCUCCGGACUCCCGGGACCUCCGGCACCGACACCGACCAGGACGGACACGACGGUCCAGCGGAGGGUUCACGAGCGUCGGCUUUAAAAACCGUCAACAGUCGAACGCGGGGAUGGAAAUGUCCUGGUGGGCGCGCGGGGAGGACGGGGAAGAGUCCAUGCUGCAGGACACAGACUCGGAUGUGGCCGAGCAGAGGGACGGAGGGAAGGUGAAAGUCAAAUGGACCCAGGAAGAGGAUGACAAACUCAAAGCCCUGGUUCACAAACUAGGAACCAACGACUGGAAGCGUGUAGCCAACUACAUCCCUAGUCAUUCUGAGCAUCAGUGUCAGCACCGAUGGUUCAAGGUCCUGGAUCCAGAGCUGAUUAAAGGGCCGUGGACCAAAGAGGAGGACGAGAAGGUUAUCGAGCUCGUGAAUCUCUACGGUAACAAGCAGUGGGCGAUGGUGGCUAAACACCUGAAGGGCCGCCUGGGGAAGCAGUGCAGGGAGCGCUGGCACAAUCACCUCAACCCCAACGUGAAGAAGUCGUCCUGGACGGCCGAAGAGGACCUCGUCAUCUACAAGGCCCACCGCAUGCUGGGUAACCGCUGGGCCGAGAUCGCCAAGCUGCUCCCGGGAAGGACCGACAACGCUGUGAAGAAUCACUGGAAUUCCACCAUCAAACGCAAGUUAGAGAUGGGCUUCUACGCCGGAGAGGACUUCAGACCCAACGAGCUGGAGGAGCUGCUGGCUCAUGUUAACAGAGAUCUGCAGCUGGCCAGCUCCUCUCAGGACGGUCCAGACAAAGACCUGGAGCAGAAAUCUCUCCCUUCGGAAGCGUUCGCCUCCAACGCCACAACGACCGGCGCCUCCUCUCCGAAGGACAGUCUGAGCCCGAACGGCGACAUGGAGUCCGACGCCACGGGAGACAUGAACAUGACCAACUGGGUGGUGGACAGCUCGGGGUUUCUCUCUCCGACCGGCCCCGCCAUGAAAGAAGUGCUGGACAUGGUGGACGGGGAUCUGGACGGCUGGUGCAACAUCGUGGCCUUCGACCUGCCGGAGGAGAGCCCCAGCCCCGAGCGCCACCACCAGUUCCGCCUGGAGGGCAGCGCCCUGCAGGAGCUGAGCAAGGGCAGCAGGGGAGAGCUCAUCCCCAUCUCCCCCGGAGGGGUCACCCCGCCCUCCAUCCUGAGCCACCGCAGCCGCCGCCGCAUCGCCCUGUCCCCCGAAACCGGCAGCUCCAUGACGCCCAAGAGCACGCCGGUCAAGAGCCUGCCGUUUUCCCCGUCUCAAUUCCUCAACAUGUGGACCAAGCAGGACAGUCACGACCUGGAGAACCCGUCGCUCACGUCCACGCCGGUGUGCAGCCAGAAAGCCAUCGUCACCACGCCGCUGCAGCGAGACAAGACGCCGCUCACGCAGAAGGAAAACCUGGUGUUUGUCACGCCUAACCACAAGUCGGAGCUCUGCACGACGCCGCGCACUCCCACGCCGUUCAAGAACGCCAUGGAGAAGUACGGCGCCCUGCAGCCGCUGCCUCAGACUCCAAACCUGGAGGACGACAUAAACGAGGUGAUCCUCAGAGACGCCGGGAUUGAUUUGGCCGUCAGAAGUUCCACUCCGCCUGAGCAAAGGCGCAAAACCAUGCAUCGGCCUCCGAUGAAGAAGGUCCGGAAGUCUCUCGCCCUGGACGUGAUGGACUGUCAGGCGACGUCCAAACGCAAGUCUGCGAAGUUGGAGGUCAGACGUGGCAUCAAGGAAGAGCCCAUGCUGAUCUCCCCCAGCACGUCCUCGCUCUGCAGCAAGCGGCACGACAGCAUUCUGGACCAGGGCUUCCUGUUGGGACCGAGUGACAGCGCCAUAUUUCCCAGCACGGUCCCUCCAGUUCCGAUGUCCAAAGAGUGGGAGCGGGUCGUGUGUGGACAAACGAAAGACCAGCUCAUAAUGACGGAAAAAGCCAAACGCUACCUUCGCUCGCUGAAGUCUCACCCUCCCAGCCGAGCUCUGAUCCUGUCCUGAGGACUCUCACCAGCAGAACAACUUCAUGUUACCAUUGCGGUUUUUCACUUUAGUUGUUGUCGUGGAGAGGAAAUAAUGUUCGUAGGGUUAGCACACAGUUUGUUGUAGCCUGGUCUCUCAUCUCACACAGAGAACAGUGCCUUUAGAUUUAGACUCCAGACAAGCCCAUCUCUUCAUAUAAAGCACAAAUCAAGGCUGAAUACUUUAUCAGUGAAAAGAUGUGCUUUUACAUUAAAUAAUGUGCCUGUAACUUAACCGUUUUUAAAGUUGUGAACUGUUGGGACACUUGAGCUCCUCUUUGGUGCUCCUGUUUGUUGUAGUUGUGGUAAAGUCUGAUUAGUACAGCGAUGCAGAACGAUUGUUACAUGGAAAAGGCCUUUAAAACACGGGAACAAAGAAUAAAACUACAAUAUUGAUGUGAAUUCUCAGGUGUUCACAACGGUGACCCAAAUGCAACAGGGCUGAAGAAAAAAGACAUUUUACACAUGAGGGGAUCAUGUUAUUGACACUGUAAAUAUUGUUUUGAUGUUGGAAAACAAUUUGUUAUUGAAAUUAAAGGAAUAUAUGU